AUGAUCGGAAAAAAUUUUGACUUUUACCAUUUUGGUAAAUACGUCAACUUUCUGAUAUAUAAAAGCAAAACCUAUUUCAACAACAUGUACUUUGCCCUAUACCUCGUAUACUUCACAGUAUUUGUAUCAACAACCGAUGAACUGCCAUCUUCAGCCGCUUCAAAUCCUUCAAAAACAAAAAAUUUUGUCGACGGAGCGUUGUUGCUCAUCAGCGUAAAAGAACGUGUAAACACGGAAAUAAAACCGAAAUUGAAAUUGAUAAGGGAAAAGUAUGAAGAACAGUAUGAAAUUGCAACAAAUACAAGGAACGAACAGCGGGCCAUGAACAGGAACCUUAUCGCAUUUUUAUACUAUAUGACGACUAUUGCUGCUAUGAAUGAGAACGAUGAUGUUAAAUUGGUCAUAGAAACUAUACAAUACGUUCAAUUAAUACUUUUUAAUGUUGGAUAUGAAGAAUAUAAGCCAGCAGAUGAAAUGGUCAAGUCAAUGUUCAAAACCUACUGUAAAUUAUAUUUGAGGACCAGCAGGAGUGUCAAAUAUGUUUUAAACAAAUAUUGUUUGACAGAUUCGGGCAACUAUCCAAAUUUGAAGAUUCUGAGCAUAUCAUCCGAAUAUUUGGCAAACAUCUGCAAUUACACGCUCUUACAUUAUUUUGAUAAAGAUAGUGCGUUAUACCUUGAUGUGAAGUAUUUCAUAUUGAGUUCUAUAAACGAAAACAUCGCUUUUUUGAAUAAGAUCGUGGAAAUGUUUAUUAAAGGCUAUCAGGUGCACUACAUGUUAAGAUACUGUUCAUGUGGUUUGUUGUUCACGACUUCUCGUUUGUACGUUGCAAUCGAUGAUGGACGCACUCUUUGUACUUUGUGCUUGGUAGAGGAAUGGAUAAAAUUCGUUGAAAACUACACGGAUGGAACAGAAAGGAGUAGUACAGAAUAUAAAACUGCUUCCUCACAUUGUUUAUGUGGAGAAGGGCAGCAUGUGUCUGAUUAA